GGCAUCGCAGUCACCCCAGUGCAAAGGCCGCGGAUGGCGCGUCUUCAUCCGACUCUGCCGACGAGAAGAGAGACAGCCCGGACCAGGAGCAGGGUUUCGUGGGCACUGUCGACAACAUCGACCCCAACCACCGUCAUGCUCUCAAGCGUGGCCUCAUGGCCAGGCAUAUCACCAUGAUCGCGCUGGGCGGAGCUCUGGGUACGGGUUUGGUCAUCGGCAGCGGGUCAGCUCUGGCGAAAGGAGGCCCGGCCGCGAUCCUGAUUUCAUACACAGCGGUCGGCUUCGUUAUGUUCUUGGUCAUGUGUUCGCUCGGGGAGAUGGGUGCCUGGCUUCCCCUGCCAUCUGGGUUUACAGGCUACGCGUCUCGGUUUUGCGAUCCCGCGUUAGGUUUUGCUCUCGGAUGGACUUACUGGAUGAAGUACGCUAUCAUAACACCUAACCAACUCACGGCGGCAGCUCUAGUCAUUCAAUACUGGGUUGACCGAGAUAGAGUCAAUCCAGGCGUAUGGAUCGCAGUCUUUAUGGUCGUGAUCAUCACUAUCAACUAUUUCGGCAUAAAGUACUUUGGCGAGUUUGAAUUCUGGCUAUCUGGUCUCAAGGUCAUCACCAUCUGUGGAUUAAUAUUGUUAUCUCUUAUUCUCGUCCUUGGCGGGGGUCCAGACCAUGACCGGAAGGGAUUCAGAUACUGGAAGGAUCCCGGGGCAUUUCGUCCCUACAUAGAUGACGGGGCCACGGGUAAUUUCUUGGCUGUAUGGUCGACGGUUAUCACCGCUACAUUCUCCUAUCUCGGUACGGAAUUAGUGGGGGUAACCAUCGGAGAGGCUCAGAACCCCAGCAAAACGAUCCCGCGAGCUGUCAAGCUUACGUUCGCCCGGGUCGCGUGCUUCUACGUCCUCUCUAUCUUCCUGCUCGGGAUGCUGGUGCCUUACAAUUCUAAGGACCUGGCCUUUGCCACGAAGCAGAGCGGCGGGGCAUCGGCCUCUCCAUUUGUGGUGGCUAUUGUCCUUGCUCGCAUCCCGAUACUGCCUCACAUCAUCAAUGGUGCACUGUUGCUCUUCGUAUUUUCGGCCUCAAACACGGAUCUGUACAUCUGCACCAGGACACUCUACGGUCUGGCCUGUGAAGGGAAAGCCCCGGCCAUUUUCGCACGCACCAACCACCGUGGUGUCCCAGUUUACGCCCUUGCCGCGUGUGCCCCCUUCACUCUGCUUGCGAUGUUGAAUGUCUCGGACAAUUCAACGACCGUGUUCGGAUAUUUCGUCAACGUUGUCACCAUCUUCGGUAUCUUAACCUGGAUAUCAAUUCUCACCACCCACAUCUCGUUCAUCCGGGCGCGCAAGGCCCAGGGGGUAACCAAGGAACAAAUGGCCUACGCUGCGCCCCUGGGUAUGUGGGGCUCCGUCGGGGCGCUGGUAUUCUGCUGUAUUAUUGCGCUCUUCAAGAACUUCGACGUAUUCGUGAGGGGACACUGGAACAGAAAUACCUUCAUUACGGGCUAUAUCGGUAUCCCGAUUUACCUCAUCCUGAUCUUUGGGUACAAGCUGUUCACCCGGGAAUCUGGGCAUACGCCGGAGACGGUAGACCUGUUUACGGGUAAGGAAGCCUUCGACGCAGAGGAGAAGGAGCAUCUGGCGGACAGGCAGGCACGCGCGAGCGAUGCCCGUGGGCGGGGCUGGUUCUACAAGACAUUCAUAGCUUGGCUGCUAUGAAAUUGGGUUGGGGACGUGUCAAGCUGUGUGCUCAGGAUAGCGCAACUCAGGACCGUGUUACUUGUAACUGGUGGGACGAUGCAAAGGAGAAGCGAGCUCGGAAACGGCCUUGUCGACAAGCUCAGGAAUGUACUCAAUACAGUGUUAAUGAUUAGGCUCAGGCUCUAUAAUACGACAUAUCCUUCUUGCUCGG